AUGUCCCUAGGCUUAGAAGCAAACUUCGACCUCGGCAUGCGCGUGAAUGUCGACGCUACAAGGAUUGUAUUAGAGGCGCUGCGAAAGACAUGUUCGGGGGUUGUUGAUGAUAGUGUUAUCCCAACACCGCAGUCAUCGUAUGGGGCAGAGAAGAUUGUUUGCGAGACGCUUUUUAAUGAGUAUACGAGACGGGGGUUUGUUAAUGGCUUUGUGCUAAGGUUUCCGACUAUUUCUGUACGGCCGGGGAAGCCUACCGCUGCGGCGUCGUCGUUCUUGUCUGGUAUGACUCGGGAGUCGUUGGCGGGGAAGGAAUGUGUUGUGCCUAUUGAGGAUCGCUCGUUCAAGUCGUGGGUUUGCUCAUCUCAGACACUGGUUCAUAACCUAUUGCAUACGCUCUCAUUACCGCGCGAUGCGCUACCAUCACAUAUCCGCCAAAUCAAUGUUCCUGGGAUCUGCGUUACAGUCCAGGAGAUGAUUGAUUCGUUGGAGAAGGUUGGAGGGAAGGAUAAGUUGGGGUUCAUUCAAGAGAAGGGGGAUGCGGAGCUUAAGGCAAUUUUGCUCUCAUGGCCUACGAGAUUUGAUAACUCCCAGGCGUUUACGUUAGGGUUCAAGCCGGAUGAGUUGUUUGAGCAGGCUGUGAGGGAUUACUAUGAGACUGAAGUGGUGCAACAAUAG